AGGCGCCAUAUCGAACGAAGCCAAGCCCAACGAACCAAUGAAAUGACGGGAGGGCGGGAUUUGUUGGUUAGCUAGCGUACGCUGGUGAGUAGGAAGAAGAAGCCGAUUCUGGAAGCCAUUACGUUGCGCAUAUCAAUUCGGCAGUCUUUUUGCGUACAGUACGCACAAGUACUUCUCCAAAACAGGACUUUCUGCAAUCAUGGUGUCGGUCGCGAAAAAGAGAAAAAUGAAUUUCUCGGAGAGAGAGGUGGAAAUUAUUGUGGAAGAAAUAGAGAAACAAAAGCACACACUGGUUAACCACUUCAAUGCUGGAGUCACCCACAUGGCAAAGAACAACGCGUGGUCGGAGAUCCUGAAAAAGGUGAACGCCGUCACGACCUGUCCCAGAGAGUUGCCCGAGGUCAAGAAGAAGUGGUCCGACAUGAAGACGGAGGUCCGCAGGAAGGUGGCCCAGGCGCGGGCGGCGAUAGAGGGCACGUCCGGCGACUGCGCUCCCGUCCCCGUCCUCCUCACCGCCAUGCAGCAGAGGAUCUGCAACCUCCUGGGAGAAGCCACCAUCAUCAGUUUACCUGCGGGGGACUCGGAUGCUGAGAUCGCUUUGCCGGUGGCGGCGCUCGCGGAGAGUUCUACAACAGUUUGUGACGAAGCAAAGACGCUGAAUGCCGAAACAGCGUACCACGCUUUGGAGGACGGAGGCGUGGUGGAGUACUGCACCACCACCGUAUCCGAGUCAGCCCCUGCCGCGGUGGCAACCGUCGAGGCUCCAGCGGAAGCGCCGGCGUCGUCUUCGGCGGCGUCGCCGCCGCCGCCGCCGCCGCCGCCUCAGGGUCACGCCAAACCCCAGGAGUUGAAGAGUCGCAUUGCCCUCAACUCGGCUCGACUCCUCCAGGAGCAGAGAGUCACCAAUGUCCACGUCCGGCAGAUUGCCCAGCACCUGGAGGGUCAGAACCAGUUGCUGCAGAUGAUGCGGCACUCCCAGGAGGCCCAGGCGUUCGCGCAGGAGCGACAAGCCCAGGCCUUGGAAGGUACUCAGGCUGCGCUGCUCGCAUUGGUGCAGAUGCUCAGGCCGGCUCUGAAAGACUUGCGCAAAUUCCUGCAGAGCGGGAUUGAGCUCGCAAACUCCAACGGCGCGGCGGCGGGAGCGACAACUGAUGGGGCCUCGAUAGAGGACCGGAGUCGGCCGACGCCACCCCCGCCUGCGCCCCAGCGCGGAGAGGCGACACAAUAGGCUCUUUCAUUUGCCUGCCACUACCGCUUGCCUCCGCUGCACGUUUUCCUGAGGAAUCCCUGCAGACUUCGACGAAGCCUCGAAAAACAUUUCAUCGGUUGCCUUAGCGAGCGCAUGGACAGGACGCGACUUUUAGCUUUGCAUUAACAUUUGGUGGCCGUGGCUUUGGGAGAUAUCGAAUUGACAUUUUUUCGAAGAAUGCCACCGUUUCGUCCGCAGCCGGUCUUUGUUUUUACAUGUUCGCUGGUCCCAAAUAAAGAAUUAGGGAAAACAGGUUUGACGCAAGCUCGUGUUUUGAAGAACGCAAGACCGUCCGUUGUGGCCGAUCAGGAAUCUACGCACUGCGAUGAGUGAGCGCUUCUUGCGUGGUGGCUGUUUGAUCAAUUUGGAAGUCAAGGAGGAGAAGAUGGUGUCAGAAAAUGUGAUGUGAAGUUGUGACAUCAGCGAAAACUCGUCCAAAAUUGCCUUUCAAAACACAAUCACGAUUGAAUCAAUGACUGGAAUUGUUGCUCGAGUGUCCUCUUAUGUACCUAUAGCUGUACUUGGACUUUAUGGACAGUCCCUAAACUCCCCGUGGUACGUUCACGAGCCUCCCUGGCCGGUAAAAGUUGAACUCUGCGAC